AUGAAAGCAGGAAAACAGCACCCUAGACGCCCUCGGUUGAGCCCUGAGCCGAGUACGAGUUCCGAACCGGCGGCUUCACUCCCUUCAUUUGCCGAAGGUGCCGCCGACGAAGAGACAGAACCCAGCCAAGUUGUUGACGAAGAGAUGGCAGAACCUAAUCACGCCGCUGGUAGUGAAACGGUAGAACUGGGACAAGGUGCCGUUGGGAACGUGAAUUCAUCCCAAGCGUUCGAAGUCGUUGAGAAGGCCAUCAUUGUCUUUGCUGGACAUUCGGCCACAGAUGGAGACCGUACUUGCUACACACUGUCCCUACUGAUCAAUGUACAUCGGCGACUCCAUGAAAGUUAUUUUUAUUCUGGGACGCGCUCCGAAGCCACUGAUUUCCCCAUGUUCAAGAGCAAUGUAGAGUCGCCAGACGAGUUCUCCAGACAUAUAAUGAGCCUGCAGUUGACCAUAGCCACCGAUGGAUUUGUACCAGCACGGCUAAGCAGGCAGGAGCUUUGGCCAUUAUAUGUGCGCGUUGAUGAUCUUCCAUCGAAAAUAGGAAAUAAUUAUCUCAAUAUAAUCAUGGCUGGUGUGCUGUGGACGUCAAAAACACCCCACGAAGAGCUGUGGGAGGGUUUAUGGACUCACCUGGCUACAGAGCUGGCUCUGGUGAACUCUGAGCCCCUGCAGAUCCUUGACAAUGGACUAAAAGACAUAUUUGGCAUACCUCGCUGGCUGUCCCGUUAUGGCUGCCAUAAAUGUCUUUUUCCGGGAAAUUCUGUUGGACGAAAACUGAACUGGUACUGCAGCGAACCCCUACGUUUCACGAAGAGGACUUCAGCAAAUAUAUUAGAGGAUGCAGAGCUUGGACGGAAUGGUCUCAUGAGGAAAACUUCUGCGAUGGAUCUUUUCACGCCUGCGCAAUGUUGUGCAGAUGCCCUACACGUUAUAAGUGAAGGAGUCACUCAGGAUCGCCUAAGGGAUUUGCUUUUUCGCUCCUCAAAAGUUGAUGAAAUGAAGCUUCGACCAGAAAUAGUCGGUGAGCUCAAUCGAGUCCUGAUGAACAUCACCAAUUACACGUACAGCUCGAGAUUCAUUCUUUGUAACGAAGAUUUACCCUCCAUGACGGGAGCUGAGGUUGACGCGUUCGCAAAUGUGGUGUUUCCGCUCGUAGGAGCACUAGCGCUGUGUCCUUCUGCUCUUAGUAGUGCCUCUAUCGUGGGCUAUUGGUUUUGCGUGAAAGAGCUACAGGCCGUGGAAGAUCUGACUACAGUCAAGAUCCGCGUUACACAAUCUGUGGCGCUGCACCUGAAACAAAUUUGGAGUCGCCUUUCACAAGAAAUUUUCACAAUCAAAACACAUAACUUCUUCGACCAUUGUAUAUUGGAUGAGAUUGAGCAGCAUGGCAGCCCAUAUUUGUGGUCUGCAGCACCUUUCGAGGCUAUUCACCGUGUUCUGCAGAUACCCCACAAUCAGUAUGUGACGAAUUCGGGUGCAAGAGUUCUCACCAGAUUCGUGACCAUCAAGAAAUUAGUGACACUCAUGGAAGAGGCUGUAGAAAGGAAUCACUCGGAAAAUUUUGCUAAACUGCUUCGCGAUGUGCGAAACGAAAAGAAAAGAUUCCCUCUCCAAGUGCAACUCGGAGCAGGUUAUUAUGUCCCACAACAUUCCGAAGUAAAAGAAGAUUCACUAUGCGAAGAACAUCGAGCAAUUUUUCAGCGUCAUCAUAGGGGUCUUAGCGAUGUUAAAUUAUACUCGCGUUUGGUCGUCAGCGGAAAAGUAUUAUCUUCCAAGGCGUAUUGGCGAAGAACCACUGACACAGAUGCCUCUAGCUUUUACCUCAGGGUUUCAAGCGGGCAUAGUACACUAAUUUCUUACGGAAAAUUGCUCUUGAGUGCAUUCACGGUAGUUAAAAAUACUGGGAUCAACAUGCAUGAAAAACAAAUCGAAAGAUCAAGCAACGAGCUUUCGGAGUCAAGUGAACUGGGCUUGGAACGCGUCUAUGAGGUUUUGGAACCUGUUGGAUUAGUACAUGGCGAUACAGCGCAGCUACAAGAAAUUCCCGAGCGCACUAUUUUAAACCAGAAUGGUUGGAGAGAUGCCCCAGGAGUAGAAGUGACUGAAGCUGGUUCUUUGCCUCAUCAUUACACGCAUACUCUGCCAUCCGAUGCACUGGAAGCAGUGCGCGCGUGUUUACUGCGCGAAGUUGGAACAACAGAUUUCGCGUCUUCCCUCUAUGCAAUCGUAGCCAGGGGAGCAUCCUUGUCACAAGUAUCACUACAGGAAACGCUGCACCAAUGUACGCGGCACAUUCAGAGGUUUGAUAUGGAAGACAUCUACAAAUUAGUGCAAAGUGCCGAAAGGUCCCGUCUUGGGACACUGUAUGACGUUAUCGAAACUACACGACUGGUAGUAGAGAACGCGCUUAGCACUCGAAUCCAGGAGAAUUUGCUCUUGGCAAAGAUCAAAGAGCUUGAGGGGCAAGUAAACUCCCUCAAGCAGAUGUGCAAGCGCAAUGGCGCAGCGACUCACGAAACAUCGGAAACAAUUUUUGCCUACGAAAAUCUGAAAGGACAUCACGUGAUCAAAUAUGGUUCUCCAUUUAAGGAAGCAGUCCUGAACGAUAUUCUAAGGGCAUACGCCCCGACAAACAGAGUGAAACACAAAACAUGCCUUGUCAUCACGGAGUUCCUGCGCACAGUAUUCAAACAGAUUUGCGCACCGGAUCCAUCCGACAUUUGGAAUUAUGCUCAUCGGACUUCCAACAUAUCCCGCAAACAAGAUUUGAUCGACUUGCCGGAAUCUUUGAUUAUAACACUCACGGACUUUGUGCUGGAUGCACUGGAUCUAGGCUGGCGAGACCUGCAAGGGCACAGGCUUAAUGCUCUGAGAAGUUCUCGUGAUAGCUGGUGGCUAUCGUUAGGCGAAACUGACGACGAACGCGACAAAAAGUUCAACAGCCUCCUUGAGAAAAAGUCGUACUGGAGUACUCAAACUGGACUUUGCAUUUCCGAAGCGCUGUAA